AUGAUCAGCAGAGUUUUUGAAAUUAAAGAUAAAAAAAUAGAAAUAUAAUAGAAUUUAGAUUAUGGACAUGCUGGUUCAGUUUGGGAUGCUGCACUAGUUUUUGCACAUUACUUAGAAAAAAAUUAUGAUAAGAUACACAAGUAAGGAUUUUUUAAUGGAAAAUCAAUACUAGAAUUGGGUUCUGGGACAGGAGUAGCUGGAUUAUUAACUACAAUUUUUAAUCCACAGAAGGUUAUUCUAACUGAUAUGAAAUAGAAUUAGGAUCUAUUGAGGAAUAAUGUUGAAAUAAAUGUAAAAAAUAUCUUAAAAAGUGUUUAAGUAGAAAAUAAUUCAUUAGAAUGGGGAAAGGAGAACUUUGAUAAUUUAAAAGAGAUAAUAAAAUAAUAUUAGCAUUUUGACAUAAUUUUAGGUUCAGAUUUGAUGUAUGAUGAUGCUAACUCUUUAAAAUUACUAGAAACAAUUGAUGAAUUAAGUUUGAUGAUUAAAGGUUGUGUUUUUAUAUUAGUUUAUAAUAUCAGAAAGGAAUCAGAGAGGUAAAUAAUUAAACGAAUAGAAAAUAAUUUUGAAUUUGAAUAUGUCAGUGAGUCAGAGUAUGACGAAUUAUAUAGAGAUGAAGAUAUAGGAAUAAUAAUGUUUAAAGCAAAAUAAUAAUGA